AACCCCACCUUGGAACCGGAAAUGACUGAGGAAAUGCAGACACACGAAGAAAAUAAACCUGUAUAGUGUAUAAUUUUUCAGUUUUGUACAAAUUACAAGGUAGAGAAUAAUCAGACAUGUUUGUUUAGUAUGAGUUAAACGAAUCGGGUUUCAAAUUGGAGAGAGCAACAAUAGAGUUCAGCCAUGGCGACGGAGAAGGUAACCCUCGCCGAUGCCCUGUCCAAUGUCGACGUGCUGGAUGAGCUCCCACUGCCUGACCAGCAGCCGUGUAUCGAGUCGCAGCCGUGCUCCAUCGUCUACCACGCAAACUUCGACACAAACUUCGAAGAUAGAAACGCAUUCGUGACGGGCGUGGCGAAGUACAUUGAGGAGGCUACCGUGCACGCCAACCUGAAUGAGUUGCUAGCGGAGGGAGAAGAGCAUGCCGUGAUGUUAUACACAUGGAGAUGCUGCUCUCGAGCGAUACCACAGCCAAAAUCGAACGAGCAACCAAAUAGAAAGGAAAUCUAUGAGAAGACUGUUGAAGUGUUGGCUCCUGAAGUGAACAAACUAAUGAACUUCAUGUAUUUUCAAAGGAAGGCGAUAGAGAGGUUCUGCGGGGAGGUGAGGCGGCUCUGUCAUAGCGAGAAGAAGAAGGACUUUGUGUCGGAGGCGUACCUGCUCACGCUCGGCAAGUUCAUCAACAUGUUCGCCGUGCUCGACGAGCUGAAGAACAUGAAGGCGAGCGUCAAGAACGACUACUCCACAUACAGAAGGGCUGCCCAGUUUCUAAAGGUGAUGGCAGAUUCACAGGCAUUGCAGGAAUCCCAAAAUCUGUCGAUGUUUCUGGCUACACAGAACAAGAUCCGGCUGACGCUGAAGGAGAAUUUGGAGGGAAUACCAGGUUAUGAAGACUUGCUGUCAGAGGUGGUGUCCAUCUGUGUGCAGAUGUACGAUAGCAAGAUGUACAUGACUCCUCACGAGAAGCACAUGCUGGUGAAGGUCAUGGGAUUUGGGCUUUACCUGAUGGACAGCGAAACAAGUAACGUUUACAAGCUAGACCAAAAACGAAAAAUUAACAUCCAAAGAAUGGAUAAAAUUUUCAAGCAAUUGGAGGUCGUGCCGUUGUUCGGAGACAUGCAGAUUGCACCAUUCCUCUACAUCAAGAACAGCUCUCAUUUCGAUGCUUCAAGAUGGCCGCUGUGCAUGAUUGCAAAUUCUACCAGCGCUCAGUACAAUCUGGUCGAGCAGCUCGUGUCGAUACGAGAGGAACACAUAAAGUUCAUUAGCGAACUGGCCAAGCACAGCAAUGAGGUGACCACGUCACAAAAGGAAGCAGCUAGAACACAGGCAGAAAAUAAGGAGAUGUUUGAAUUGGCACUGAAGGGGCUGCAGCUUUUGUCCAUGUGGAAUUGUCAAGUUAUGGAGCUGUACUCAUGGAAGUUGCUACAUCCCACCGACUCGCACCAGAAUGCAGAUUGCCCAGUCGAGGCAGAAGAGUAUGAGAGGGUUCGUAUUUAUCUGUUUACUUAUUUUACUGUCAAUGAAGUGGAUGUCAUCAUCACGUCGGUGAGGGAGACGUGUGCGGAUUGGCUCAAAAGCGAGGAGCCGAAAAACGAUCCGGCCAUGCGUGGCAAGAAGGAUCCCGACCAAGGCUUUGAGAUCAAAGUUCCGCGCAGGAACGUAGGACCAUCCAGCACGCAGCUGUACAUGGUGCGCACCAUGCUGGAGUCUCUGAUCGCGGACAAGAGCGGUGGUAAGAAGACUCUGCGUAAGGACAUCGACGGGCCGCAUCUCAUGGCGAUAGACGCGUUCCACAAGCAGUCGUUCUACUGGCCUUAUCUUCUCAACUUCAGUAAUACCCUUCAGGACAGCUGUGACCUGUCUCAGCUGUGGUACAGGGAGUUUUUCCUCGAAAUGACCAUGGGUAGAAAAAUUCAGUGCAACAUUGAUCACCAGCAUAAUGAGAAGUGCAAUGAGAUUUUCUCCAUGGAGAAACGCAUCCAGUUUCCAAUCGAGAUGUCCAUGCCGUGGAUACUCACUGAUCACAUUCUGAGGACAAAGGAUCCAUCGAUGAUGGAGUGGUGAUGCCCACUGGUUACACAUAUAAAACUGCUCUACCCGCUGGACCUGUAUAACGACAGCGCGCACUACGCGCUCACAAAGUUCCGUAAGCAGUUUCUCUACGAUGAGGUGGAGGCUGAGGUGAACCUCUGCUUUGAUCAGUUUGUCUACAAGCUGAGCGAUCAGAUAUUCAGCUACUACAAGAACCUCGCAGGAAGCAUCCUCCUGGACAAGCGCUUCCGUGCGGAGUGCACGCGCUUCGGCACGACGAUCCCGUUUCCGGCGGCGAACCGCUAUGAGACGCUGCUCAAGCAGCGGCACGUGCAGCUGCUGGGUCGCUCGAUCGACCUCAACAAGCUGAUCACGCAGCGGCUGAGCCUCCGCACUGCAAGAAGUCACUUCGACCUCGCCAUCAGCCGCUUCGAGGCGGGAGACCUCACCGGCAUCGUGGAGCUUGAGGGACUGAUCGCGGUGAACCGGCUCGCACACAAGCUGCUGACGAAGCACAUCACGCUGACGGAGUUUGACGCGAUGUUCCGCGAGGCGAACCACAACGUGCUCGCGCCGUACGGCCGCAUCACGCUGCACGUCUUCUGGGAGCUCAUCUACGACUUCCUGCCCAACUACUGCUACAACGCGUCGACCAACAGGUUUGUGAAGCUGAGAGAGAUCAGUUUUGCCGCGCCAGUAACACGAGACAAACCACCCAAUGCAGCUCCCCACUACCUCUGGGGCACCAAGGCGUUGAACAUCGCCUAUCAGACGAUCUACUCGCUCUACACAAACUUUGUUGGGGCGCCGCACUUCCGCGUGAUCUGUCGUCUGCUCGGUUACCAGGGCAUCGCCGUCGUCAUCGAGGAGCUGCUCAAGAUCGUCAAGAGCCUGGUACAAGGCACACUGCUGGAGUAUACAAAGACGCUGAUGCAGGUGAUGCCCAAGGUGUGCAAGCUACCUCGCUAUGACUACGGUUCACCAGGCGUUCUGGGGUAUUAUCAGGCACAACUGAAGGACAUCACCCAGUACGCUGACCUGAAAACCGAAAUGUUCCAGGCCUUUAGGGAAGUGGGAAACGCAAUCAUAUUCUGCCUCCUGAUAGAACAGAACUUGUCACAGGAAGAGGUGUGUGAUCUGCUGGAAGCAGCCGCCUUCCAGAACAUUCACGCACGGCCGUUCUGUAAAGAGGGAGAGAAGCCAGAAGCCAAGAUGAAGAGGAUGGAGCAAAAGUAUGCAGCCCUUCACGUUGUAGGGAACAUUGACAAGCUCGGCAUGCCUAAGUCUCUGAAGAGGAUGGUGGACAGAGUUCGCAAGUUCCAGGUGCUAAACAGCCAGAUUUUCGGCAUACUGACCAAGUAUCUGAAGUCGAGUGAUGCGGACAAUCUCCCUGUAGAGCAUGUCCGUUGUUUCCAGCCGCCGAUUCAUCAGAGUCAGGCCCAACAGCAUGGUGUCUAACCGGCCCAACAGCAUGGUGUCUAGCCCUGCACAUGCUAGUAUUGCACGACUCGAUCGAACAGCAAAGAAUGUUAGGCUAGUACUUGAGUUAUUCCCUUUCUUCUUAUUUUUCUGGAUUAGUAUUAUUGCACUUGUUAAAGCUGCUAGGGCCAUAUUUUCAGCCUAGCCUAAUAAUCUUUUGUAAAACCGUGCAGAGAUGAAGAGAUGUGACAUUUUGAGCUGUUCAACUCGCUUGUGACUGUAACUCUUGUGCGGACCUGUUAUUGUGGAAGUAAUGACAAUAGUACAAACCACAGAAUCGAAGCACUGUUAUUUAGAAUGUAGGUUAAAGUAAAGUGUGCUGGAUACAUGUCUACUAUUACCUGGCAGUUCUUUUAUUCGUGUCUACUAUACAGUUUUACGUUACAUGUACAGUUACAUCUAUUGCCACUAGAAUAUGAAACAGGGACAAAUAAAAAACCAUAUAGUUUGAUGUGGGUCUUCUCAGACUACUUGUUCACAUGAUUUUCCAAUGAGCAAGGUGAUAUGUUGAUUGAUGUUUCAUAAGCAAUGACUAGUUUUCUAGUGUGUUUCAGUGAUUUCGCACAGAUCAAAUUUUGUUCUUGUGUUUGCACUUGAUAUAAGCAGUCACCCAUUUACGUCGUAAAUUGCUUCCCCAUACCUAUGAACAUUGGUAGCAGUUGAAUUAGAUAUAUGGUAACCUUGGGGGCCUGUGGAGCCAUGUAUAGUACUCACGUGUAUAAUAAUGACAAAUUUUAGACUGUGCACAUGUCAACAAAUGAAGGUCAUAAUACAAGUUGUCCAGUUGUUUUCGAGUAAGACUAUCAUUGUUAUUUUUUGCUGAGGGGGGAUCUAAACGUCUUUGUACUUUCGAAGUGUAUUGAAAAUGCAUUAGCGAAAUUCGCAAGUAUUCAAUUGAAAGGUCUCAAUUUUAUACGAAUUAUAUAAUUCAUGUGACGUAAUAUUUUAUAUUUAACAUAUCUGCUAUAGAUAUUUGGUAUUAAAACGUAAUAGCUUUGCUAUUAGAAACCAAUUAUGUUUCAAAAUGUUUAAUUGUCUGUCAUUGUAUAAUGCUAUGGUUAUGAUCAUGUAGUCACAAUUUUUCCAUUGUGUUGUUCUAAUAAACAUAAAAAAAUAAUUCAUACAUACCAAUUAA